AUGGAUAACAUGAGUGAGGCAUUUGAUCAAAUGCAAAUGGUCAAGGAUAUUCUAGCCAACAGUGAUAAAGUUUCAGAGGUCCUGAAGGAGUCUACUCAUCAGUUCAACCUGCUUACUUCACCCACCUUCCUACCAAAGGUCAAGGAUCAAGGGAAAUUCACUCUCCCUUGCACACUUGGGCAUCUUGAGCUUGACAAUGCCUUAGUGGAUUCUGGAGCAAGCAUCAAUCUGAUCUCUCUCUCCAUGGCAGAGAAGCUAGGCCUUGCUGGAGCCUUGCAGCGCCCUACUACUUCAAUUAUGUUUGGAGAUGCAACUUCUAAGUCUCCUCUUGGAGUGUUCAAGAACUAUCACUUGAAAAUUGGAGAAUGCAUCAUCCAAACUGAUCUCACUGUGAUGGAAAUGGAAGAAGAGAAGGAUCUACCUCUCCUAGAGGUUCAGACUUUUGUGCCACAAUUGACAGUACCACUCUCAGUUCUAAGAAGUCAUGAAGCUACAAAGAUUGUGAAGGAAAGAAUUGACAAAGAACCAAGAGUUGGGAAGGAUAAGGUUGAGAGAGGACCAAGGAUUGAGAAGCCACGUCUUGAGAGGGCUAGAGUUGAGAAACCACGAAGGGCUCUAAAAGAAGGGGAGGAUGUAGCCUCUAAGGCAAGACCAGGGGAUAAAAGAAAAGAUCCACCAGCUCAGGCCCCUUCAUUCAAGCCAUCUCAGCUCACAAUGACUUUGUUCCCCACCAAGUUUGAAAAUGGGAAGAUUGAGUACAAGAUAAGGUACAAGGGGAGAUCAAGGCCAUUCUCUAGAGCCAAAGCCUUGGUGACUUCAGAACAAUCCAGGGACCCAACCAAGCUAAAGGAGCUUCUGUCUCAAGUCCUCACUAUCACCCUUGAUGGUGGGACUAGCUCAACCAAUGCCUAG